GGACGUUCCAGCCGUGGUUUCGCCACUGGACUCACCUAUUAUUAUCACGCAUUGGUAAAUAUUUACCCACUGUAUCCAUAGGUACCUGGCUAGCCGUGUAAGAAAAUUAAAAGAAGGAAUAGAAACAAAAGGAACCGUGGAAUCCAUCACAUUGAGUUUUACGAGUAGAUCGAAUAGAAUCAACAAGUAAAACCGGCCACAGACAAAAACGGAAAAUCAAAAGAAAAACAAACACCAAAAUUAAAUAAAAGAUCUCAAGGUACCAAAGAAUGGGGCUAUCCGCACUGUACUUUACCAAGUAGAUACUAAUGUCAAGAAUGAUGAUUAUGACAGCCACAUUAUUACACGUAUGUCACUAUGAGACCAGAGUUGGUCGGCGACCAGGCGAUUGUCCAUUCCAAUGCCUGUGCGGUAUGGCUCACAAAACCAGAAAUGGAGACAGAGUGGGUCCCACUAGAUUUCUAGCAAAUUCAGACCGGCUACCGCAGACUUUAUUUAUCCUCUAAUGGACCUGUUUAACGUUAAUAACAUUCUGGAUACUCUCUGAGAAAUGGACGAAAAAUAUGAGAUUGGUAUGAGCAGA